AUGCAAUGUUGGUGCCAAUGUCCACUCUCUCUCUCUCUAUCUCUCUCUCUCUCUCUCGCGCGCACACACACGCGCUUUCUCUCUCGCGAGCUUUCUAUCUAUCUCGCUCAACCUACACACGCACACAUACAUCCCAGCUAUAGAUAUUAUGUUUUCUCAACAGAACCUAUCUCUCUCCCUUUUAUUGUAAGUUUACUUCUCUCUCUCUCUCUCUCUCUCUCCUCUGUUUUAUUCACGCUCUCUCCCAUAGAUCCAUUUCUCUCUUUCAUUGCCUCUUUCUUUCAUUGUUUCUCUCUCUCUCUCUCUCUCUCUCGUUGUUUCUUUCCUCCUUGUCUCUUUCUUUCCCUCUCUCAGAUAUCUCCCCCUUUCACUCCCCCAUUGUCUAUUUCUCCUUUUCUCUCUCACAUUGCUUCUCUCUUUCAGUCGAUGUCAUUGUCUUUUACGUCCAUUGUCUCUCUCGCCAGUCGCUCUCACUAUUGUCUCUCUGAUCAUUGUUUCUCUCUCAGUGUCUCUAUCUCUCAUUGUCUCUCUGUUUCUUUUUCUCUCGUCUCUUUCUUUCUCACUUUAUUGUCUCUCACUCGCACAAUGACCCUCUCUUUCUUUGUCAUUGUCUCUACAAGUGUUGCUCCCAUUCUCUUUAUUGUCUCUUUUGCUCGUUAUUUCUCUCAUUUCCCUCUAUUUCUCGCUCUUAUUGCUUCUCUUUCUCGCUGUCCCUUUCUUUCCUUCUCUCUCAUUUCCUAUCUCUCUCUUUUCCCUUCUCCCGCCCAUUGUCACCCUCUCAAUAUCUCUCUGAAGUCAUCUCCCUCUUUCUUCUUGUCAUUGAUUCCCUCAUAUUGUUUCUCUUUUUCUCUUCGUCUCAUUGUCGCUGUCGCCCAUUCUCUCUCUCUCUCUCUCUCUCUCUCUCUCUCUCUCUCUCUCUCUCUCUCUCCCAUGGAUUGUUUCUUUCUAUUUCUCACGCAUUGCCUCUUUCCCAUUGCCUUUCUCUCUCUCCUGGGGAGAGUCUCCCCCACCCAGUGCCUCUCUUUUCCGCCUCUCGCUCUCCUCUUGUCUAUAUUUCUCUCGCACGUCCUCGUGUUAAUAAACCUAAUGAAAGUAAACUUUCAAAUAUCACUAUAA